UACCGAGAACUAUUCUCAAACAAAUGAAAUGAAGCCUAAUGAUGUUGCUAUGAAUACUCAAGAAACGAAAGAAAUUGAGAUACAAACAGAUGAACCAGAGUCGAAACCUGUAGAGUACGAUGAACAGAAGUUGGCCGAUUUCCUAUCGAAGAUGUAUCCAAAGAUGCAAGAAGCUUUGGACGAUUCUGUAACAAUGAUGGAUGUGAAGAGACGGGCCUUUGCUGAAGAUAAGACGGACAUCAAGGUCAAGUUACUGCAGGAAAUCAGAAUAUCUAACGAAAAUCUACAGAUUUGCGCAAUGUGUUGGAAUUCCACCGGGAAUUCUAUUGCUAUCUCAAGUACUUACGAGCACCAAUCUUGGUGCCAUCAUAAGGGAACUGUGAACGUAUACACAUUGAACAGGGAAGAUUUAUUACCGGACGCUCCACAAAAAAUUCUCCAUGCUUCGGCUUGCGUUACUACUUUGAGAUUCCACCCAACUAUUACGGCCCUCCUUGCUGGAGGUAGUCGUUCUGGGGAGAUAUUGCUAUGGAACAUUCAACUUGAAGAAAGCGUAGUGCUCAAAGUUAAUGCACACGAAGAAAUUGUAACGCAAAUUUCAUGGGUUAACGAUAUUGAUUUGACAUCAAACCCGCUUCUUGCCACCUCCAGUUUGGAUGGAUUCUUGAAUUUAUGGAGAUUCAAUUCGACCACCAAUUCUUUGGAUAUCAAAGAUAAAUAUAAAAUAAAGUCUCCGCUUUUUGGAAGAUUACAAAGGAAGAGCGAGCUACCGCUAGAUAUUGCGAGGAAGGUAGAUAGAGGGGUGAUCGGCUUCGAUUUCUCCAAAUUCGAGCCGCACAUGUUCGUGGUCGCGGCAGAGGGUGGAUUAGUGGCUCGCUGCUCAAUGCUUGGAACUAAGACCAUAAAAGGGUCCGCCGGCGACUGCCCAAUAUCGGACCCCGUGUAUAAGUACUAUACAGCACACGAGGGCGAAAUUACCACGAUCCUCUUCUCCCCGAACCGCAGGGAAAUGUUUAUGACUAACGGAUCAGAUGGUGAAAUACGCAUCUACGUUCUCAAUCAGGAAGAGGCUGCCCAAGUAAUUUUCAUCGAGAGUCCAAUAAAGAACGUGGCCUGGAUUCCGCAUGAGGAAAAGCUGUUGGCCGCAUGCGGUGUCGCCGGUUUCAUCGAGAUCUUCGACGUUUUGAAAGGGAAGUCUGUGGAUUACAGCAUCGACGAGAAGUAUGAGAAAUCCGUCAUGAAUCUCAUGGAAAUCAACUCGAGACGCAUCAAUACUGUUAUAGUUGGGAGCGCAGAAGGCAUACUGCAGUUGUGGACCAUACCGUGGCAUCUGUAUUCGCGGAAGCCUUGAGCAUAUUUAUUUUUAUUGUU